AUGGAUCACUUCCCUGGCACCUGGGGUCGCCCCAGAAACGAUGUCUACGGCGCCUACAACCCCCAAUACCUCCAGACCACCGGUCCCAAGACACAUACCUCAUCUCCAGCCGUGACUGGAACCUCAGUCAUUGGAGUGAAGUUUAACGGUGGUGUGGUUCUGGCGACCGACAACUUGGCAUCUUACGGAUCCCUGGCUCGGUUCACCGAUGUGAAGCGUCUCCGCGUAUUCGGAGACAAGGCCGUAGUCGGAUUCGGCGGCGACGUAUCCGACAUGCAAUACAUCGACCGUCUUCUUGAAUCGAUCGAUAUCCGAGAAAACUACUCCAGCAACGGCAACAUGCUCAACGCGAAGAACCUGCACACCUACCUCGCCAAGGUAUUCUAUAAGCGUCGUUCGGAGUUCAACCCACUGUGGAACCAUGUUCUCGUAGCCGGGUUCGACGGUGAGGGCAAGCCGUUCCUCAGCUCAGCAGAUUUGCUUGGUACAACCUUUUCCGCACCACACCUGGCUACUGGAUUCGGUGCUCACCUUGCUGUUCCUAUCUUGCGACGACUCUUCCCUGAGGAGACACCCAUCGAAGAGAUCAGUCGUGAGCAGGCUGUAUCGGCGUUGAAGGACUGCUUGAAGGUUCUCUUCUACCGUGAUGCUCGCAGUCUGGACAAAUACUCCAUAGCAGUCAUUACUCAGGAUGGAAUUGACCUGAAGGAGGAUGAGCAGAUCGAGGGACAGAGCUGGGCAUUUGCCGAGAGAAUUAAGGGAUAUGGUGCCCAGACAAACUAA